AAACCUCUAAUGAUCAACCAAAUGCGGUCAUGAGCUGGUUAAGGCAUGAGUGCCAAACUCCACUGCACGCCUUAUAGAGUCCAAUCUCCAUCCCCAUCGACUCUCGUUUCAUUGAUGUUUGCCUUUUUUUUAUGAAUGAACGGCAGAAGAGGGAAGGGGACGAGAAACUGGACGCGUUGUGAUAGGCUGCUAUCGGUUGACGUCACCUCCGCCGUGACGCGAUGCACCCAUUCAUUAAAAAAAGGGAGAGAAAAAAAAAGAGAAACAAUUCAGAGGAGAAACACUCGAGAGAGCGAGAGCGAGAGAGGGAGAACGAGGUGGCCGGACUGUGCGUAAAAGUAGAGAGACAACAUGCGUGGAUAGAAGAGAGGUGCAAAGGGAAUCCGUGCGCCUUAUCCAGGUUUAGAGGAAGGUGGAGGCACAGAAAAGAGACACAGCGAUCCAGGAGAUUAUAGUGACGGUGAAGCCUACACACGCACACUGAAACGAUUCGCGAUGGAGGAGCUGUGCGAGAUGGAGUGCCCGCUGCUGAAACGGCUCCUGAAGGAGGACAGUGCCAAGUGCCUACUGCUGGACUGUCGAUCGUUUCUCGCCUUCAGUGCGGGACACAUCCGAGGUGCCGUCAACGCCCGCUGCAACACAAUCGUCCGCCGCAGGGCUAAGGGCUCCGUGCUGAGCCUGGAGCAGGUACUGGCCGGGGACGAGGAGGUCCGGAGCCGCCUCCGCUCCGGGAUGUACUCCGCCGUGGUGUUGUACGACGAGAGGACGCCCGACGCCGACACAGUGAAGGAGGACAGCACUAUCACCCUGGUGCUCAACGCGCUAUGCAGGGACUCCGCCGAUACGGACAUAUACCUGCUCAAAGGUGGAUAUGACAGGUUUUUCACAGAGUACCCAGAGUUUUGUUUGAAGACCAAAUCCUUACCGUCCCUCGCCAGCCAGUCCAGCAUCGACUCUGCCUGCUCGUCUUGUGGAACGCCACACCAUGACCAGGGUGGACCAGUUGAGAUCCUGCCAUUCCUCUACCUUGGCAGCGCCCUCCAUGCCUCAAAAAAGGAGGUUUUGGACACCAUAGGAAUCUCUGCCUUGCUGAAUGUGUCGUCCGAUUGCCCCAACCACUUUGAGGGGGUGUACCAGUACAAAUGCAUCCCUGUGGAGGACAACCACAAAGAAGACAUCAGCUGCUGGUUCCUGGAGGCGAUUGAGUUCAUAGACUCAAUACGGGACUCUAGUGGGCGAGUGCUGGUCCACUGUCAAGCUGGCAUCUCCCGCUCCGCCACCAUUUGCCUGGCCUACCUGAUGAAGAGGAAGCGGGUGCGUCUGGAUGAAGCUUUCGAGUUUGUGCGCCGGCGCCGCAGCAUCAUCUCCCCCAACUUCAGCUUCAUGGGCCAGCUGCUGCAGUUUGAGUCGCAGCUCCUCGCCACCUCAUGCGCCGCCGAGGCAGCCGCGACGGCGAGCCCGCUGCUCGGACCCAAGUCCUCGUCCACUACCACCUCGACGACGGCGACGCCCACCUCUCCUUUCAUUUUCAACUUCCCGGUUUCUGUGGUGAACUCGGCCUACCUUCACCACAAUCCGAUCACGACCUCCCCCGGCUGCUGAUGGACAGCCAAUCACAGACUUCCUUCUCGCUGACAAAGUGACUGAGCACAGACUGGACUGCCAUUGGCUGGAAGAGCUGUCAGUCUUGCUGACCGCUGCAGUAUGUACAUGCUUCCAUGGCGGGAAGGUGAGAAGCGUCACGGUGCCUGAUUUAAAACUCAAAGACUGAAAAUAAACUAAACUUUUUAAGUUCAGAAACCAGCCAACGCUCCUUCCAUUUUAACACUUUUAUUCAAAUUGACCAAAAAUGAACUGGCUUUUAAAACUUGCUUCAGUGAGCGAGCUCGGACCGAGUGUUGGACUGACUUUUACUGAAGAUACACCCUCUUCCUCAAAAAACAACAACAACAACAACAACAUGCACAGAGGCACACUGACACAGAGAGGCAUGAGCAACAGCGAACACUCUCUCCCUCUCUCUGCCUCAUGCACACACACACACACACACACACACAUUCAUGACUACCAACUGAAUAAGCUCAGUAUGAAGACAGGGUCUGUUGCUAUGGAGACGACAGGUCUUUAGGAGAGGAGAUGGACACAGGAAGGAAGGAGGAAUUUUAAGCACCCGCUCUUUCCCUUUUGGCUGUCCUCCUGUUGCCAGACAAAAGAGAUGGAUGGAAGAAAGAGGGGAGGAGAGGGUGAUAGAAAGCAGGAGCCUCUUCAGUGACAGGUGCUCUGCCGGCAAUCUGACCGGAGUUUCCUGUCUUUCAUACGUCCUCUUCCCCUCUCUGCACCCCCCCCUCCCCAACACACCUUCCUCUCCUCUCAUCAUCCUUUUCAUCCUUUUAUGUUCCUCUCCUCCUCCUCCUCUCAUCUCUGCCUCUCAUCUUCACCCCUGUAUACCCCCCUCUCUCUCCUCGGAUCCUCAUCCCCUCACUGAAGAGGCUAAAUAAAAAAAAUGAGAUGCCAAAUAAAGACCAGGGCCCCUAGCAAGUGUGCUGGGAAACCCCUCUGCAGGCCCCUGAUACACACUCUAGGAAACUAUGUCAUGUCUCCCUCUGCUACAUCACAAAAAUACUUUUUAUUUUGAUGAAAGGGCUGAGAGAAAAAAAAGCAAACAUAAGAGGAUGAAGUCCUCACAACAGUUAAAACUUGCUGAUUCAAUCAGGGGGUUUUUUUGCUAAAAGGUUGCGCACAUGUUGCUUUGUUGGACAUUUUGUGGCGAUAUUGUCUUCUCCUGGAUUUUCAUUUUAGUUCAGAGAGCACAGUGACCCUGGAAGACAGCCACUUAAAGGACCAUGCUGACAUUGUUGUACAUUUAAACCCAUUGUUAAUAAUGUAGGCUUGGUUAUUUUCCAAAACAUUUAACUUUGACGACAUUGGUUUCAGUUCUUCUGAAAACAUUGGCUCCUAUUGGUUGCUUUGGAAAAUGGUCUCUAUUUUUUCUUUUUUUGGUGAAUGGGUUAAAAUGUGCAUCACAAGCAUAUGGUCCUUUAAGGAGUUUGUGCCUUGAUCAUAUAGGUGUCCCAUGGAUUUACAAUAGUGGCGACACAGGAUUUGCCAGUGGAGCAACUAUUGUUGUUGUAUUCUUAGCUGAAAAGCAGAUUGUCUGACAAAAAAACACACACAUAAUGUACAUGAGUAGGUGUACGUCCAUAUUAAGUCUCAGACUCAUAGUGGAUUUGACCCCUGAUAUUGGAACUGUUCAGAUUGACAAAAAAAAUAUUUAAAGCAUAUUUUUAAAACCACAAAGACAAACUUCCUUAACAGUGAAUAGAAAUAUGAAUGUUAAAGUGAAAUAAUCAAAACAUAUUUUAAAUAUGUUGCAAAUAAUUCUCAGCUCACUUAAAAUCAAUAUCCUGACAUUAUAAUAUCUGAGCAAAUUGGAGGAUCUUCAGCAGCAAUAUUUUUCCCAUCCUCCCCUUCUGUGCUGGAUUUUUAAAGAUCCAAACAUGGUUACUUUUACACUCUGCUAACAAAACAGUUUCUUGUUCUUCAUUAGGGCUAUCCGGUUUUAAAAAAAAGAGGAAAUAUCUGCCAUUGAUUUCACUUUUUAAAUUAGUUCUGAAAACCUACUGAGUGAUGGAGAAAAAACAAGAAAGCUUUGAGCCUUGAGGCUAUAAUCCAAUAACAGGAAGUUGUCCUUAACAUUGAGUUUUCUCAGCGUGUCCUGAUGUACACACACAUACAAUACAACAACCAUCACCCUUCUCUGCUUUGAAGAUUGUCCACAGCCCCCUCCGUAGCAUGUUGAGGUCAUGAAAUACUGUACUCACAAUCCAUUCAAGAACAACAAUGGUGGCUCUGUAGGACGUUCUGACAUCAGUUCUUCAUAAUAUCACAAUUUGAGACAAUGUUUGUAUUGCUUCUGCUUUUGACCAGUCUAAGCUCUACACUCUGUGCUAGACGUCCAAAGGCACAAAGUCCAACAUGGUCGCUUUUAUACCCAAGUCCUGACAUACGCACAAAAUACACACACAGACACACACACAUACACACAGGGGUUCAAAGAAAACAAACCUUUUUCCGUUUUUGAAGAUUGUCGGCACCUAUCUCUGUAGCACUUUGAAGUGAUGCAAUACUGUAUUUAUAAUUUAUGAUUGAUUUGCACAUCAUGGUGAUGAUAGACUGACUAGACUUUGCAUAAAGACAUUUUGUGCUCAUAGAAAGAGAGAAAUAGAGAGAGAAGAGAGAGAGCCAAUCAGUGAAAAACGCAAUACUUUGUACACAUCUGUGUGGUCCAUGUCUAUCUGUCUGUCUGUCUCUCUUUGUUAGUCCAUCCGUCCUGUCUCUCUGUCUGGUCAAUGCUGUUUACCCAUCAUGGCAAUAUCAAUCCUCCACUUGGACAUUUCUAUAAAAAAGAAAAACAACUUUCCCUCAAUUUUCUUGUGGAAUGAAUGAUCUGUGCAUUUAUUUAUUACUGAAUAAACAAUGUUCU